GUGAGACGAGUGCAGCCCUUGGUGAGACCAGGGUGUCCCGUUCGGGAGCUGAGGCUGUGGGCAGAGCCGCCCUGCUGUCCGUCCAGGGACCCAGGAGGAGGCGAGGGGAGCCUCACUCAGCCUCAACGCCCAGGAGGCUGGGCGCCUUCCUCAGCCCCAACCUGGGGAAGAUCAGAGACCUACUUACACAGAGUGGAGAGAAAACCAACCACCCGUUGUCUGGGUGGUUUGCUGUUUGAAUUGUGGUGGGGAGCCCAGCCCCCCACAUCCUGUGCACUUGAAACUUUGGACUGGCCCCUGCUUCGGGUGCGGCUGAGGCAUUUUUCUUGCUGUUAUCUUUAAAAAUUUGUACUUUAUUCUUUGCUUCUUUUAAUUGUUGGUCAACUACAGUUAUCUCUAUUUCUCCCCCACCACUUUUCCCCACUCCACCCCCUGGUACUUCCCAUCCUCAAUCCUUCCCGCUUUUGUCCAUGGGUCCUUUCUACAUGUUCCUUGCUGGCCCUUCCCCUUCUUUCCCCCCCAUUAUCAUUCUCCGCCCUCCCCUCUGGUUACUGUCAGUUUGUUCUUUAUUUUUCAUCUUCACCCCCCCACUUUCAUUACCUUGUGUCUCAGUGAGUCCGGAGAAGGAAGGGAGGGGGAGAUGCUGAUGGGAAAUCCUCUCCUGGACACACAACCUCCCACAGCCCAGGGCUGCAGGUGGGAACCCUUGGGCAGCUGAGCUUCUCCCCAGCCCAAGUCCAGGCCAGGCUGCCAAGGCUGACAGUCCAGACAACACUGUGACGUUCCUGAGAGCCUCGGCUUCAGGUGAAGGUGGAUCAAGGUCAGGAGGUCUUCCUUCCAAGUUCCAUCGAGGCCUGAGGAUUUGGACGCAAGCGGGCUUCCCAUUUUUAAUGUGAAGACACGUUGGUGUGAAAUGGUGCAACGCUUUGCGCAAGAACAGCGGGCUCGUGUGUGGAGCUGGAACUGAAAUUUAUGUCAGCUGGUUGUGCAAAUCCUUGCCUCUCUGCCUUGUGCCGGGGAUUAAAGCGAGGUCCACACCCAGGGGGUCCUCUGGACAGAUGUUGAUGCAACAACCCGGGAUGGGCCCCUGACCAACGCUUCCUCUCCACUGUGGCAGCUCUGUCCUCCACCUCCUGGCUCCAGGACGGUGCCAGCUGCAGGGCUGGCCAUGGGUCCAAGUCCCACCUGCCUCUUAGUCCUUGUGCUCUGCCUGGGCCAGACCGUCCACACGCAGGAGGGUCUCCUGCCCAAACCCUCCAUCAGGGCCGAGCCAGGCCCUGUGAUCCGUAGGGGACAGCCUGUGACCAUCGUGUGCCGGGGCCCAGCUGGGGCUGAGCUGUUCCGUCUGGAGGACAAGAAUGGCAGAAAUGUCCUUCCAGAUCAGACAAAUGUGUCUCAGCGUGGUCCUCACUGGGCAGAGGCCACAUUCCACAUCAAGGCUGUGAGUGAGGACACUGCGGGGAGUUAUUACUGUCGCUAUGUCAGUAGGCCCAGCUGGUCUGAGCGCAGUGACAUCCUGGAGCUGAAGGUGACAGACGAGGACGUCUCCACUCCACCCUCAGAAAGUUCCACCAGCAGAGCAGCACCGGGAGUGGGGGGAACAGGUGAGGGUCCCGGAGCCAGGGAGGCCCCCUGGGUGGGGGGCAGGGACACUCGGAGCCUCCUGGGCCCAGCUCUGGCCUUUGACACACGUCCUCCUGAUGCCUCACUCCUAGGACACAGGCAGACAGACUCCCCGGACACUGAGACCAGCAGAGAGCGAUGGGGCCUGUCCACGGACCAUCUUUAUAUCCUUGUCGGGGUCUGUGUGGCUUCUCUGCUUUGCCUCCUCCUCCUGGCCCUCCUCUUAGUCCGCCGGCAGCAUCAGAAAAAACGUGGGCCCCCCAGCAGCAAGGGCGAGGAGCCAAGGCCCCAGGAGAGGCUCAGCCCCACAGUUGACCUCACAGAGAGCCCAGCAGACGUGGCCACCACAGUGGAGGCCCUUGUGGACGAGGAAAACAGGGAGAUGCACAGCCCAAGCCCUGCUGCAGGGGACGCCCAGGAGGUGACCUAUGCCGAGCUGGACCAGCGGGCCCUCACACGGAGAGCAGCUCGAGCCGAGUCCCCACAACCCACGGAGCCCACAGCCGAGUCCAGCAUGUAUGCAGCCCUCCCCAGACACUGACCUCAGGACCACCUGGCCUCUGCCCCUCGAGACGCAGGACGCCACUCUUGCAAAGGCCGGUAGCGGCCACUUGGAGGACUCCCCUGUUAGUCUGUCUCCUUCCUGAAAGGCAUCGACACAUUUCUCCUGGAGACAAGACCUGGACUUCGGGGACCCCUACUCAACAUGUAGGAGGUUUAUUAACCAAGAGGCCCCUCCUACAGUGAACCAGCUUGGUGAAGCACACCUGUAACACUUGUUUCCAGAGACCCAGCUACUGGCACCUGGCAGUUUCCAGAGACCCAUCUAAUGUUUGGCAGCAGUUUCCAGGGACCCAUCUAAUGCUGUCUAGCACUUUCAAGACACAGUUAAUGUACAGCAGUUUCCAGACACCCAGCUAAUAUGGCCCAGCUCCUGUCUGCAGACCCCGUUUAUGCAGUCAAAGUGGCUGCCCCAUCAAGUUUAAAGGAGUAUUUACCCUGAGAACCGCUAGGGGGCGCAAGCGUCCCAUUCGAAUUAAUUUAGCUUUUUUUUUUUUUUUUAAUAGGAAAAAGAAGAAAGUUGCAUGCCUGGUACAGUCCUGGUAUUUAAAAUGUUAUUGUAUAUUAAAAGAAUAUUUUAAAAGUU